AUGGCCUCGAAGGUCCAUCUCGUCCGCCACGCAGAAUCGGUCCACAAUGUCACUCAUGACUUCUCUCAGUUGGAUCCCGAGUUGACCCCUCUUGGCCUUCAGCAGGCCACAGGGCUCGGCCAGCUAUUCGCCUCCGCCCCUCAGGUGGGGGUUAUCAUUACCUCUCCACUCAAACGAGCUGUCCAAACCACCCUCACUGCUUUCCCACACAUCCUUGAUAAACGGUAUUUCGACCCAGAGUCUGGGCACGGAGUGGAGAAUGGCGCAGUCCUUUUCUUGGACCCGGAUUUACAAGAGAGAAGUGCUCUUCCCUGUGAUACCGGGUCCCCAACUGCGGUCCUGGAAGCGGCUUUCCCGAGACUAGGUUUCCAGGAUUUGGCUGAGGGUUGGCAAGUGAAAGAGGACCUCUAUUCUCCCGCCGACGAAGCUGUGGAGGAGCGGGCACGGAGGUUAUCCGAAACAUAG